UUCUACCAUGUGUACAACGUAACAUAUGUAGAACACAUUUCAUAGUGAAUGUUGUAUUUUUUAUUUCUCUCUCAACCUGACAUUCUAAAUAUUUACAUUUCCAGCCUUUAGAGAAAAAACUACGUAACACAAGCGCACGAUGGAGGAUGAACCGAAAAAGGGCUUGAUGCUGUAUGGCCGUGAUGUUUCUCAGAUUCCCUGUUUCCGUAAUAGUUUUCUGUAUGGCAUUGGUGGUGGUGUCGGUAUAGGUUUACUCACAUUUUUGGCCACUUCCCGCACGAAACUAUCAACGCAUGUUGGCUUUGGAUCUUUCUUUUGUGGGACAUUGUCGUAUUGGGCAUGGUGCAGAUAUCAGUGGUCUGUAAGGCGUUUUGAAUAUGCCCAAUUGGAAAAGGCUAUGCGACAGCAGGCCCUGUACGAGGGCACGGAAAUCGAAAAACAAUUGGAUUUGAAAUCGGCGUAGUGAUAGUAUCUCUUUAUUUCAGUAUAUAAAAAAAGUGAUUUUGUUUUAAUGUUGUUUAUUUUUAAUAUCAAAGCGCGAAAUUAAAACUAAGUACCUAUUCGUAAAAUA